AUGAAGAGAGGAAACGAAGAGAACAACCACAAGACCUCCUCAUCAUCGUCUACACAACGUCUUAGCCGCCGUAAAAUCUCAGCCGGAGAAAAGUCCGGCAACGUCAAUAUCCCUCUGGAUCUAACGGUGGAGAUACUCAAGAAACUACCGGCAAAAUCUCUCUUGAGGUUUCAAUGCGUCUCGAAGCAAUGGUUAUCAAUCAUCAGCAGCCGUAGAGACUUCAUAGACUCGAUCGUGACUCGAUCUUUGACUCAGCCACCACCGCGUGAUAUCAAACUCAUCUUUCACCACCAAGUUCUUUAUCCGGGACCUCACUUCUUCAUCUUCUCGUCUACUUACCCUCAAAAUACAGACAAAGAAUCAUUAACAACCAGAGCCAGCUCGUAUCACUAUGUCCGUGGCUUGAUUUGUUGUUGGUCACACUGUCCUACUACGGUAGACAUAUAUAACCCUACCACGAGGCAGUACUAUACCGUACCGGAUACUAACCGGUACCAAUACAUAGAAACUUGCUUCUUUGGAUACGACCCUGUCGAAAAUCAAUACAAAGUAAUGGUCUUACCAAAAUACUAUAUGGAGGAGUCGCCUUGUCAAGUAUUCACAGUGGGAGAUCCCAUAGAGAAGCCUUGGAGAGACAUCCAAGGCAUUGGAGUUCACUUUCUUUUGAAAGAUGCUGUUUGCAUCAACGGUGUUAUCUAUUACCAGGCAACUAAUGAAUAUGGUUCCACAUAUUUCUUGGUGAGUUUUGAUGUUAGGUCCGAGAAAUUUAAUCAUGUCAAGGCACCGAAAAUACUGACGGAUCAUCCUUGCACUUUGAUAAACUAUCAAGGGAAGUUAGGACUUAUAAUGUGUUGCAAGAAGGGCUUGGAAAUUUGGGUUAUGGAGGAUGCUGAGAAAAAACAAGAUUAA